CACUUCAGCAAAGGGGCUAUGGAUGCCUACAAACAAGGGGUCAAACUGGGCGAAGGUCUGGGCGCUCAGGUCAUUGAGAAAGGGUUGCACAGCUUGUGCGACGGUAAGUCCAAAGUCACGGGACAGGUACUCAAGUUUGCCAAAUGCGAUGACGCCCACGCCGAUGAGGAAUAUUGCAAGUUCUUGGCCACUGGUAAGACAGGCGCCGACAUGUUGUGCCAUAUGGCCAAAGACAAGGCCCAGCACUGGUAUGGCAUCGCCGCCGGUUGUAUUAAAGAGCCGGCUGCCAAACAACAGGACUGUCUGUCCGUUAUGGUCCAGGAGAUGAAAGAUACCGGAGAUAUGGUAGUGGCUGCCGGUCAUGCUAUGGGUUAAUCCACAUUUGGACAGGGUCAUAUACCAGUAUAAAUAAUGUGUUACAAUAAAUAUGAUUUUCAUU